AUGUCUGUUGAAAAUUCCUCAGAGGUGUCUUCUAGCCCUGAGUUAGUCAGUGGCAGCCAAGAUCAUACAUGUUUCGGAACAGUUAAGAAAAUCCAGACCCUUGUUCUUGAUGCUGGUCCUCUCAUCACUCAGUCAGCUUCCUCAUUGCAGCAACAUGCAAACAACUUCUACACAACUCCGGGUGUAUACUCAGAAUUGAAAGACGAAACUGUAAGACAGCAGCUUUUAAUCUGGAACGAUACUUUAAAAAUUAGACACCCAAAAGAGUCAUCAAUUAAAAGAGUCGUUGACUUCGCUAAGUUAACUGGUGACUAUGCAGUAUUAUCGACAAACGAUUUACAUAUAAUUGCUUUGGCAUAUGAAUUGGAAUGCGAACUCAAUGGUGGUGAUUGGAGAUUGAGAAAGUUCCCAGGCGAAAAAUUAAAUUUCAGAAAAUCAGAAAAGAUAUUAUCCCCAUCGCUUGAGAAAGCGGAAUCUGAAACACCAGUUGAAACAACUGAGACCAUUAAAGAAGAAGUAGAUACUGUAAAGGCAAGAAAGCCACGUCGUAGAGGUGGUAAGAAGCAGAGAGCAAAGAGAGAAGCACAAUUGCAAAACGAGCUUGAACGAGAAGUUGAAGACGACGAGCAGGAGCAAGCUGGUGUGGAAGAAUCAGUUCAAAAAUUGAAAAUAGAGGAUGAACAAUCGACGAAGCCAGAACCUGAUGUAAGCGAAAACGAGUCUAUCGUUGAAUCAUAUGAUUCGGACGAUGAUGAUGGGGAUUGGAUUACUCCUGAUAAUCUUCAAGAAGAAAUGUUGAAGGAUGACAAUGAACAGUUGUCUGAAAGAUUGUCUAGUAAGACGUCUGCUAAUGGUGGUCCUCUCAUAAAGGUUGCAAUUUCCACUGGGGAUUUUGCAUGUCAAAAUGUAACUAUGCAAUUGGGCCUUAAUUUGAUGAACUCUAUGUCGGGGAGACAAAUCAAAAGAGUUAGAAAUUAUAUGUAUAGAUGCCAUGCGUGUUUCAGACUUACACCCAUUCCAAAGAAUGGACAACCAAAACAUUUCUGUCCUAAAUGUGGUGGAGCAACAUUGUUGCGUUGUGCCGUUUCCGUAGAUAAUAUAACCGGGAGGAUCACUCCACAUUUGAAAGCCAAUUUCCAAUGGAUUAAAAGAGGUGAAAAGUUCACAUUACCAUCUCCAUUGUCCAAGAACCAAACCAAGAGACAAGGAAAUGGGGGUUACCAGCAUAACAAGCAGAAUCGUCACAAGGACUUGCAAAAUCCUUUGUUGUUAAGAGAAGAUCAGAAGGAAUAUCAGCAAGCGUUGAAGGACGACGAAUGGCAAAGAAGGAAAAACGAUAAAAUGCUACAAGAAUGGAUUGGUGGAGGAAGUGCCGAUAACUAUGUUUCUCCAUUUAUAGAGAAUGUAAGACAAUCCGGAGUUAGAGUUGGUAAGGGAAGGUUUGCCAACUCUUCCAAGGGUAAAAAGUAA